GAUCUCGCGUGAUCACGCUCGACGAGAGCGCUUGAUGAGGGAAAAGUGGAAAAUCGAAUGAUUGAUGCCUUUGUAAAACGGCUAGCUAGCUAUGUUUCGACCAGCGUUCCCCAAGCGUUCUCGCAGAAACCUCUCACAAACGCAAAUUUGCAAUUUACAGCUUACACUUGACGCCGAUGCGUGAGGAAUAAGACGGCCCCCGGGGCUUUGGUGCGACGGUUUAACAUCUCGAUAGCUAAAUUUGGCUAGCUAUGCUAACGUUAGCCAGCUAGCUUUGUUUACAUCGAGUGCGCGGGUGGGAUGUAAUAACUAACCAUAUUUUACAGUCUCAGCUGCAGUUCACUAUUUUACCAGUCAUCGGCAAGGAAACGGGUUUGGGUGUUGAAAAGGCUCAGUAGUUAGGGCCGGCUCAUUUUUCUGCGCUAACAUUUGAUUGAUUCCAUAAGCUAAAGCUAGCCGGGGUAACCUUUUCAUAAUGGAUCUCUUAGUCGUUUAAUUUGAUGCUAGAGGGUGGCGUUCAGGAUAAUGUGUCUGUAUAGGUAAGGGUCUCGUCUAAGCUAGCAAUGACUUUAAUUGUGAUCGAGGAAAACGAAAAAAAGAACCGGUGAUGCUAACGUCAACUAGCUCGUUAGCUAGCUAACGUUACCUGUCAAGCUAACGUUUUUGCGCGUUUAGUGAUAGCGUUUCACCAUGCUCGUUCUGGCUGAUUAUCUAUUUAUCUGUCUGUCUUCAUUGAUACAGCCGAUGACUGGUUCUGCUCUUUGACUGAAUUAAGCCACAUCAGUUUUUUCUCCACCCACCCCCGACCUGGCUAGCUCAGUCUCAGCGAGUGGCUGGAUUUUCCCCAGGCCUCGCCUCCCCGAGGCUGCGGAGUACCGAUAUGAACCCCGUCAACGCAACCGCUCUGUACGUGUCCGCCAGCCGGGCCGUGCUCCAGUGUGACCCGCGGCAGCCCCACACCUUUGCAGAGAUGUACAAGCUACUGCCUUUCUUCCGCCAGUCCCUCGCAUGCCUUGUCUGUGGUAAACUGCUCCAGGACCCCAUCGCCCCUACAAAUUCAGAGUGUCAGCAUUAUGUUUGCUUGGGUUGUAAAGGCCAGAAGAUGCAGAUGAAGCCAGCAUGCAGCUGGUGUAAGGACUAUGCCUGCUUCCAGGAGAACAAACAGCUCUCCUUGCUGGUUCAGUGCUAUAGGAGGCUCUGCUUGUACAUCACUCAUUCCCCAUUGCUGCAGCCAAUCAGCAGUCAGGUGGGAGGGUCCCCAGAGGUUAUGGCCUUAUUGGAAGAGGUGCUGAUGUCACAUCCAGAGGAGAUGGAGACAGAGGCAGAGGAGCCAAGCCCAGCUCAGGAGGAGGUAAAUCCCUCUGCUCCAGAGUCCCUUACACCGACAGAAGCACCACCCGUCCCUUCAGAACUCUCAGCUGACCCCCAGAGCUCUUGUUCUAACGCUCCCUGUUCCAACGGACCCCACGAAUGCAAUGGACCUGUGCUGGAGGACCUGGCUCCCUCUUCCCCAGAGCUGGAGGUGUGUGAGCUGGUAGAGGAGCAGGCACAGGAGAGUCUCUCAGUGUCUGAUGCUGGAUGUGGUGGACUAGAACUGAGUCUGGCCUCCAGACCUUUAGACCCGACUCCUGGCAUUGUGUGUUCACUCAGGGAUGGGGAAUCUAGCAGCAAGGAGCUGGAGGAGGGGGAGGUGUUACUCCUCAGUGUGGAGGAGGUGUUACAGACUUUAGAUCCCCUCCAACCCGGUAGAGACUCUUCUCACAUUCGUCCCGACAGGACACACACUCACACACACAUACCUGCGGACAGAGCACACACUCAAAUGUACAUACAGCUGGACACGGCACACAACUACACACAGGUUCAGACGGACAGGACUAACACAGUUGCAAGCCAUGGUGCUCACACACACAUGUCCUCCUUGAAUCCUCCCCCUGCCCCAAAGCCUCCGCCAGUCCGCCUUAACCGUAAGCGAUCUCGUUCAGAGAGUGACAGGGAGAGGGUUAAGCCCCUUCCCAUCUCCUCCAUCCUGCAGGGCACCACCUCACAUUUACACACUCCUGCUCCACCUCACACACUGCAUACACAACCGCUCAUGCCCUCAUCAACUGUUCCAGCACAUACAUACUCAUCCCUCACUAAUGGAGCACCUCCUAAGCCCAGCCGCCCCACUCCGAAUCACAAUAAAGGCGCCAGGAAACACAUUGAACAAGGCCCCAAGAAGCCCCAUGCUAAGGCCCGCGGUGGAGGCUCCAAGUCCAAAGACCGAAGCAAAGACCAACGGCUGCUAUCAGGCUGCCUGGUGCCGCCCACACCUGCCAAGCCCCCAUAUAAGAAGCCUGUGGAAAAGAAAGGUUGUAAGUGUGGCAGGGCUACCCAGAAUCCCUCAGUGUUGACUUGCCGAGGGCAGCGCUGUCCCUGCUACUCCAACCGGAAGGCAUGCUUGGAUUGUAUCUGCCGUGGGUGCCAGAACUCCUACAUGGCCAAUGGUGAGAAGAAGCUGGAGGCCUUUGCUGUGCCAGAGAAGGCCUUGGAGCAGACACGGCUCACACUUGGCAUCAAUCUCACCAGCAUCACAGCAGCUGCAGCCCUCCGCAACCCGGCAACCACCAGCAUCCACGGCAACACACUCCUCAAUGUCGCCACGGCAACAGGAACCCCUGUGGCCACCGCCUUCCUGUCCCCCAGUCCCCCACAAGAACCCACGUAUGAGGACAGCCUGGAGCUGCUGAUUGGAUGAGAAACUGGGAUUUGUGAUUUCCCCAAUUUGGGGAUGAUACAGACAGCUUGGUGCUGAUUGAAUGUGACAACUGAUCAGUGCGUCUGUCAAAUGACGUGUACCUCUCUUCCAGAAGGGAGGCAAUCUAAGGCAGCUAUGGGUCUGUCCUGUUCUACUCUGUUCUUUUGUACUCUGCCCUUUUCUGUGUCGGAGAAUGCUGAGUAGUAAGACUAGCAUGGGUGUGCCAAAGCCUCUUGUUUUGAGCCUGGGUGCCAGUGUGUACUCUUGACUGUCUGAGGGGAAAACCCAUGAAUUUGUUUCCUAGGCAGUUCUGUUCUACAGAGGUGCUUCUUGUUAAUAGACCACAGACAUAAGAGGCAAUAGGAACUCAUAACCAGGUUUCAUCUUUGUUAGAGUGUGUGAGUGUGUGUGUGCGUGUGUGUGUGUGUGUGCAGUAAUGGAUGUAUGUGUUAAGCCUGGGCAGUAAAUGGUGCAUAAUGAAGACAAUAUUUGCAUUAUCAUAUCUAAACUGUCAAAGCAUUCUCCACAAUUUAAGUAUUACUCUAUGUAUGUUUGAUUAAGAAGGUCACCGGUAUCAUGAGGACCCUUACUAAACCAUAAUUCUGUAUGUAUUCACACUUUUAUUGGGAAUGAACUUCAUAACUAAUCUGUGGAGAUUUUCUGUCUCAGACCAGACUGUAUGCCUUCUUUCCAUAUUUAUCUCUUUCGGGCUAUCAUGCGCUCCUUCAAUCCAAGUACUGUCAACAACUCAUGAAUUUUUCUGAUGAACCUGACUGAUUCAGGCACUGUACAGGCCACAAGAUUGUGUCAGAGCACUUGUCUGGCUCUGUGAUUUGUGUGUGUGUGUGUGCGUGUGCGUGUGCGUGCGCAGGCCUGCUGAGAUUUACUGUAAUGCCAGUGGGAAGGUAGAUGGUGGAAUAUAAGCACUUAGACUGAUUGAUUGGCCAAAUUACAACUGGAACCGUUGUUGGUUACCAUAGCAAUAGCAGCACCACGGGCUGAACCCAUUACAAGGAGCCUUCCAACUCUCGUGCACACACCGUUUACAGUAUUGCCAUUUAUAGACUGUAAUUGUCUGUCUUCAAAGAUAUGACACUAUUAUGUUUCAAUUAUGGGAUUGUAUGUGAUCUUGUGUGUGUUUGUGUGUGUGUGUGUGUGUGUGUAGAUCAACUGAAGCCAUAGGUUGUUGUUAUCAAGCAGAAUAUCCUCUGCGUGACCAUUAUUCCCCCCGAUUGUAGUGUUCCAACUGAUCAGAGACCAACUCAGAGACUAUUUUUGAUACUGAGAGUUUUGAGAUUUGGCACCAUGUUUUGUUUUUAUUUUAUAUCUUUUUAUGUCUGUCUUGGUUAAAGCACCUUGAAGCCCUUGUAUAACGCAAGAGGGUGUGUAUUGUCUGUGUUUGAUUUUACUGUCUCAGCUGUAUCUAUUAACACGUUUGUCAGUCCGGUUAUGGCGACCAAAAAGAGAUUGGAGCAGAAAUGACUCAGGCUGACCAAACACAUUGGUUCUCCAUUCAUAGACCAGGAAGUAGUGGGCAAAUUUACGGUAUGACUAGCAAAUAUGAUCUAUCUGUCUUGUGUGUGUGUUUAAAAAAAGUUCUUUUGGGCAUUACUUGAACCCUAAUUAGUUUUUGGUAUUGUUUUUUUUUUUGUUUGUUUUUUAUGUAAAAACUUGACUCCUGUUUCAGGGGAGAUUGUUAUCGCUGAAAUGUUCACUGCCACAAUAUGGAAACGUUAUACAACAUGAAUUAAAUGAUAGUUUUUUACUUUUUCA